AUGAUACAGGAACUGUACCAAGUGCUGGGGAUCAAAGGUAUAACAACAUCGCCUUAUCAUCCACAAGCUAACGGGAAAGUGGAGAGAUUUAAUUCAACUCUCAAAGCUGUGUUAAAAAAGCUCUGCACAUCAAAUGAAGAGGCAUGGGAUGAACUUUUGCCAUAUGCAUUGUUCGCAUAUAGGGAGGUACAACACGAGGAGACAGGAUUCAAUCCAUUCGAAAUGCUUUAUGGUUGGCCAGUAAGGGGACCAUUACAAAUUUUAGAGCAAACCAUGCCACGAAAAGGCGAAGUUAAGAAAUCUGCAAUUGAUCACAUUGUUCAAAUACGAGAAAGGCUCAAAAUGAUCACAGAUACGGUACGUGAAAACCUGUCCAUCAAACGGCAGAAGAUAAAACAGUGGUACGACAGGAACGCCACUACACGGGAGCGUAGACCUGGUGACGAAGUUCUGUUAUUACUGCCGUCUGACAGUUCGAAAAUGGUGGCACAAUGGAAAGGACAGUACAGAGUGAUAAGGAAAGUCAAUGGCGUUAACUAUGAGGUUAAUGUUGUUGGACGUCGUAAGCGAGUGGUUUACCAUAUCAAUCUGUUGCGUAAAUACAACAGAGCUGCUCAACAUGUCAUGUUUGUCCAGAAACGUGAUCUGGAUAUUGAGAUUGGCAAGAAUUUGGACAAAUCACAACGCCAGGAGACUGAUGCCAGCAAUGAAGCCAUUGAAGCUGUCCUUAGUCAGGUCAUUAACGGCGAGGAACACCCGAAUGCUUACAUCAGCAGGAAGUUGUUACCACGAGAACAGAACAAUUCUACUGUAGAGAAGGAAUGUUUAGCCAUUGUGUGGAGUGUUGAAUCGUUUGCGGGGUAA